AUGAACGCCUGUCUCGGUGGAAUCUGGCUCUGGCUCCCUCUGCUCUUGACCUGGCUCAGCCCUGAGGUCAGCUCUUCAUGGUGGUACAUGAGAGCUACAGGUGGCUCCUCCAGGGUGAUGUGUGACAAUGUGCCAGGCCUGGUGAGCCGCCAGCGGCAGCUGUGCCACCGACACCCGGACGUGAUGCGUGCCAUCGGCCUGGGCGUGGCCGAGUGGACAGCAGAGUGCCAGCACCAGUUCCGCCAGCACCGCUGGAACUGCAACACCCUGGACAGGGAUCACAGCCUCUUCGGCAGGGUCCUGCUUCGAAGUAGCCGGGAAUCUGCCUUUGUUUACGCCAUCUCCUCAGCUGGAGUUGUAUUUGCCAUCACCAGGGCCUGUAGCCAAGGAGAAUUAAAAUCCUGUUCCUGUGACCCAAAGAAGAAGGGAAACGCCAAGGACAGCAAGGGCACUUUCGACUGGGGUGGCUGUAGUGAUAACAUUGACUAUGGGAUCAAGUUUGCCCGAGCCUUUGUGGACGCCAAGGAAAGGAAAGGAAAGGAUGCCAGAGCCCUGAUGAAUCUUCACAACAACAGAGCCGGCAGGAAGGCUGUAAAGCGGUUCUUGAAACAGGAGUGCAAGUGUCAUGGCGUGAGCGGCUCAUGUACCUUGAGGACCUGCUGGCUGGCCAUGGCCGACUUCAGAAAAACGGGCGAUUAUCUCUGGAGGAAGUACAACGGAGCCAUCCAAGUUGUCAUGAACCAGGAUGGCACUGGUUUCACUGUGGCUAACAAGAGGUUUAAAAAGCCGACGAAAAAUGACCUCGUGUAUUUUGAGAAUUCUCCAGACUACUGUAUCCGGGACCGAGAUGCAGGCUCGCCGGGUACAGCAGGCCGUGUGUGCAACCUGACUUCCCGAGGCAUGGACAGCUGCGAAGUCAUGUGCUGUGGGAGAGGCUACGACACCUCCCGCGUCACCCGGAUGACCAAGUGCGAGUGUAAGUUCCACUGGUGCUGUGCUGUGCGCUGCCAGGACUGCCUGGAGGCCCUGGAUGUGCACACGUGCAAGGCCCCGAAGAGCCCCGACUGGGCGGCUCCCGCAUGA